AUGGGUGCAGCGCCAGGAAGCGUCCUGACGGGACUCAACCCGACUGAAGUCAGUCCGUCCGAUCCAUUCGUGCUAUUUGUCAUCCAGGCUGUAAUCAUCAUCGGGCUAUGCUACAUCCUGCACUUUGGCCUGCAUAAGAUGAAGCAGCCCCGCGUCGUCUCCGAAGUCAUUGCGGGUAUUAUCCUCGGUCCCUCGGCCAUGGGCCGCAUACCCGGCUUCGCCAGUACCAUCUUCAACCCUGACAGUUUGCCCUACCUGAACCUGGUCUCAACCAUCGGUUUGGUCUUGUUCUUGUUCUUGGUUGGUCUGGAGUUGGAUCCCGCCCUGGUUCUGAAACGCGCUCGUUUCGCUCUCGGCAUAUCAUUUGCAGGCAUGGCCUUGCCUCUCGGAGUCGGUGCCGCCGUCAGUUAUGUUCUUUACGAGGAGCUCGGUCCUGAUACCGCGGUUGGGUUCGGCCAAUUUCUGCUUUUCUGUGGUGUCGCUAUGGCCAUCACUGCGUUCCCGGUCCUGGCUCGCAUCCUAGCGGAGCAGAAGUUGCUGACGACGAAAGUCGGCUUCCUCACUAUCUGUGCUGGCGCAGUCGGCGAUAUUGUGGCCUGGAUCCUGCUGGCUCUCGUCGUUUCCAUUAUCAACAGUGCUAGCAGAAUCACUCCCCUGUACGUUGUCCUGCUAUCAAUUGCAUGGAUAUUGGUUCUGAUAUUCGCGGUUCGUCCCUUUUUUACGCUCAUGAUCAGGGUUACAAAGUCGCAGGACGAGCCUAGUCAGACCAUGAUGGCCUGCACCCUCGCAAUCGUACUGAUCAGCGCCUUUAUCACGGAUAUUAUUGGUGUGCAUUCUAUCUUCGGCGCCUUUCUUGUUGGCCUGAUCAUCCCCAAUGAUACGGGCUUCGCUCACGGAGUUACCAAAAGAAUCGAGGAUCUUGUCAGCGUCAUCUUCCUCCCAAUCUAUUUUGCUCUCUCAGGACUCAAGACUCAGGUCGGGCUGCUGGACAAUGGACGAAUUUGGGGCCUGGUGAUCCUGACGACCGCCGUCGCGUGCUUUGGAAAAAUCAUAGGAUGCUCGGUUGCUGCACGCGUUCAAGGCAUGGAGUGGAGAGAAUCUUUCGCUAUCGGCGUCCUCAUGAACUGCAAGGGUCUGAUUGAGCUAAUUGUGCUCAACAUUGGCUACGACGCUGGCGUUAUCAACGAUAAGGUCUUUGUGAUCAUGAUCGCCAUGUGUUUAAUUACGACCUGCAUGACAACCCCAGCCGUGUCUUGGAUUUAUCCCAUUCAUUACCAACGGGCUGCCGCCUUGCGCGCCGCUGCAAAGGAACGUAAGAAACAUGGCGACUUUGGCCCCGAGCGAGUCGCGUCCCCCACUGGAGCCAAUGGAACGAACCAGGGAUUCAUGCUCUGUCUCGACAAGAUCCAUAACCUGCCUGCCAUGAUGACAUUCCUGGAGAUGCUGCACCAUGCUGUCCCCAAGUCCUCAAGCGUCAACGGUAGCGACUCGUCGCUCACAGUUCCUGGAUCAUGUACUCCGCUGACUCAACCUGCGACGAACGAGACUAUCUCUGGUCCUAAACUUUUGGCCUUACGACUUUUGCAUCUGACCGACCGAAGCUCGUCCGUACUGCUCGCUGCGACGGAGCGCGCCGAGGUUUUGCGCCGUGACGCAUUGAUGACUGUGUUCCAAGCGUUCGCCAAGCUGAACGGGAUCUUUGUCCGUCCACGCGUGACCCUUUCCACGGAUCCCGAUGACUUUGCUAACAGCAUCUAUGAUGAGGCGCUUGAGAGCGGCAGCAAUGUCAUUAUCGUACCCUGGAAUUCGAGUUCACUUCCUGAUCCUCCUAUGAGCAACUCGGAAGAGGGCGAGAAACCUGUCUUGUCGCGCCCUCUAGUCACAUCCAACACGCAGAUGGUUAGCCGCCUAUUGAGCACCACAGCGAACACUGGCCUGGUCACCGCUGUCUUUGUGGACAGGGAGUUUGGGGGAGCAGGACACUUUCCCAACAUCAUGAUUCCACUCUAUGGUUCCCAUGACGACGAGGAGGCUCUGAAGAUUGCUUCAGCUAUGAGCCAUAACCGAUUGUGCAACAUUCUCAUCGUUCGCAUUGAGGUAGCCAAAGGGUCCCUUACGAAGGAAGAAGAGAGUCGUGGUGUCAUGGUGGAUAUUGAUGCGCAAUCUAUUGACACGGACAUGGAUGAAGCGGUCAAGUUACCGGAGGACAACCAGGCCCUGGUCCGGUCCUAUUUUCCACAUAGGGCCUUUGCUAUUGGAGACAAGCGCGCGGAUGCUAAGCGCACCUCAAUUGAUGGAGCAGUGGAGGCUGGUACUGGCGUUUUUAUUCACGUUGUUUCGACUGUGCGUGAUGCUAUUGGGCUCUCGAAGGCAUUGUUGGGAUCGCGCGACCUCCUGGUGAUGGGACGUGGACUGACGACCAAGCGAGCGAAGCACAGCUCUGCCAAUUCUAUGUAUACUCCGGAUCCUACGCCCCAACCCGUUACUGUCCACGGCGUGUCUACCAGCAUCCAGGCAAGCUCGACCAAGCCAACACUGCAUCUUGACAAUUUGCCAACCGGAUUUAUGGUGUCGAAAUCGAACGUCAAUACACCUACCCAAGUCAACGAUAAUCCGUUCAAUAGCCAAGAGCCUGGAUUGAAGCCUCGCCAGCUUCGUCCCCAGCAGUCCUCUCGGGACCUGCACUAUUCGUUCAUGACAGUGUCGAACAUCCUUGGCGUGGUUGCUCAGAACUACUUGACCUCCGGCAUUGCCCCCUGUUUGUUGGUCGUUCAGUCUGGAUCCAGGCACUCGAAUGAGGCUGAGCAUUCGAGAGCGCACACGUCGGGUGUAGCGGGGUCACUUCGUGUUCCGGUACAGAACUUUGCCAAUGGUCGGCCCUCGAUCAAUGGCGGAAGUCGGUCCGUGAGCUUUGAGGACAACAAUGCACCGGCGUAUGUUACAGCGGAGCAACUUCGAGGCGUUCAUGGUAUGGACGAGAAGCGAGGAUGA